AUGAAAGCCGAAGGAAGAAUAGACAGCGUAGCUCAAUCAAUCUGCCGGGGCUUAGUUAUGGCCGAAGAUAAGGCCUCCUCACUUAUUUUGCUAAAGAAGCAUUUAGUUGCCCAUCCUGAGGCCAAGGCCCAAAUCUGGAGCUCAUUUGGUGUUCCUGCAGUCCUUUUACAAGAGAUUGCGAAGUCUUAUGUCUAUUUCCAGCACUCAACUAUCAGUUCUCUUCCACACUCGCUCUUUUUAACACUAGAAAUAAUGAUUGAAAUGUGUCCCUUGCCUGAAUUCCGUGAAAUGUGUGUUUCAGCCCAGUUGCCGCUUUUUCUCUACCCCAUUCUUAAUCUAUCUUCACGUGCUGAUAAUAUUGAAACAAUCAAAACACUUUCUUUAACAUUUAUCAGUAUUCUGUUGGAUGAAAAAGAAGAUAACUGUAAGCCUAUUGAGUUCUUCAAAAAUACUGAGUUAGUGCCGCUUUGUUUGCGCAAUAUGGAGUUGGGUAGUGAAAAGACUAAACUAGCUGCUAGCCAAGUCUUUUACUCUAUUAUCUCUACUCGCAAAGGUCUGGAGUAUACUUGUCAAACGUAUGACCGGUUUAUGGCUACUUCUAUGAUUCUUAAUUCUGUUCUUACCCAAAUGGAGACUUUGCAAUCUCCUGAGUUAUUGGAGAUAGUCAUUAAGACCUACACUAAACUCUGUGGUAUGCCCAAUGCUAAAAUUGUCUUCAGUAAGAACCGCCCGCAAAUGCUCUAUGCCGAGCACAUUCGCGAAAUGGUCCGUUCUAACCCCGCCGUCAAAGCCGCCUAUGAAGACUUCCUCUAUACCCUCCAGAACUAG